AAUACGGGACAUUACUAAAUGGCGACUUUCCUGCGUAAUGAAAGUCCUCAGCUGACAGCUGAUACAGACGUUCUUGCCAUUGGUAAAGAACUGGAAAAGCUUGUUGGCUCGGCUCCCUUGAACGAAGACAGAGCUGCGGAUUUGCUGCAGAUGCUGAAGGACAUGAAAGUAACAGUUGAUGCAUUGAGGAAGAGUCAUAUUGGUCGAUCAGUGAAUGCUUUAAGAAAAGGGUGUGGAAAUGAACAAAUCAAAUCCUUAGCUAAAAAGUUAAUCCACUCUUGGAAAAAGCAACUUGAAGGUGAAAACUCUUAUGAUGUCCAUAAAGGGAGAGCUGGUCAUAUGUCAUCUGUUCCAAAGUUGAAGAAUGCAGAUCAAAAUUCGACACCUAAGCCUUCUACUGGUGACAAUGACUCAUUGUUUAGAACAGAGAGUACUACUAUCAGUUCUAAAUUGAAUCAUGAAAGUGGGAAAUCAAUGGAUGUCACAGAGUCUUCUCUGAGAGAAAACACAAGCUCUUCUAGAGAGACAGUAUGGAGCAAACUGCCUGAUGUUCCAGAUACAACCGAUAGCAUUCGUAGUAAAUGUCGAGAAAUGCUAGCAAGAGCACUAAAGAAGACACAUGUUGAAGGCACAGACAAAGAACACAUAGUGCACUUGGCAGCUGUCAUUGAAAAUUGUAUAUUUCAAGAAUUUAACUCAUCUGAUCAGAAAUACAAGGCACGUGUGCGAAGUCGGGUAUCAAAUUUAGGAGAUGACAAAAAUCCUGAAUUGCUGAGAAGAGUAAUAAGUGGUGAAAUAUCUCCUGAUGAAAUUGCCAAAAUGUCAACAUUGGAAAUGGCAAGUGAUGCCAUGAAGAAGUUACGGAAAGAGUACACAAAGGAAGGCAUAAGAGACUCUCAAAUGGCUAUUGUUGGAGGAUCAAAAUCUGGUGUUCUGAAGUGUGGUCGAUGCAAGAAGAAUAAUUGUUCAUACAAUCAGGUUCAGACGAAGUCAGCCGAUGAACCAAUGACAACAUUUGCUUUUUGCAAUGACUGUGGACACAGAUGGAAGUUCAAUUAACGUUGGAAUUGGGAAAGCUGAUGCAUAUAUAACAUCUCUCUAUUUGCAACUUCGAAAUUCAUCAUCUCAGACUUGAAUUUCAAAUGCUAGUCUAGGUUUCAUUCAUGUUCUCGUGAACUGUAAUGUUACUGCUGAGACAUUAUACUUUCAAGUUUAACUAUUAUUUUAGAAUCUCGGUUGUUGAUACGUACAGUUAGCAUAUAUACCUCGUAAUUGUUCAGCAUGAUCUAUUGCGCAUGCGUAUUUGUUUGCUAUGGCUGCAACAUUGGAUCAAUUCGUUUCUCGA